AUGAAGAUAUGUCUACGCUAUCUUGGUGACCUUGGAUAUCAACAAGGUAUUGCUCAGGAACUUGGUGUUAGUCAAGCAAUGCUAUCUCGGACUGUGGAUAGAAUUGUGCACAGCAUAGUUGCACAGUCGAACGAAUGGAUCAAGUUUGCAGCUACCAGCCAUGAACUGAUGGAGGCCAAGCGGAUAUGGCAAAGCAUGUAUAAAUUUCCGACAGCAAUUGGUGUAAUUGAUUGUACACAUAUAGGAAUCCUGAAACCAAAUCGCCAUGGAGAUGAGUAUAUCAACCGAAAGGGGAAACCUACUUUAAAUGUGCAAGCCACUUGUGAUGCCAGAGAGAUGUUCUCAAGUGUUGAUGUCACUUGGCCUGGAUCAGUGCAUGAUUCCAGAAUAUAGAGAAAUUCACAGACUAGAUCACAACUAAUAAAUAAAGCAAAUGUACUACUUGGCGAUGACGGUUAUGGUAUUGAGCCAUGCCUUAUGACUCCCUCCAGAAAUCCUACUCCAGGUGCAAGAAUAAAUUAUAAUAAGCUUUUAGAACAAGAAAGAGUUAUAAUUGAACGCUGUUUCGGCCAACUGAAACGCCGGUUUCCUAUCCUACUGUAUGUUUGCCGCGUAAAGUUGGAAAAUGUGCCGAAAAUAAUUAUUGCUUGUAUUGUACUCCAUAAUGUUGCGAAGAGCUUGGGCGAUCCUGACUUUGAUUUAGUUGAACAAGACCCAGAUGGAGAUGAAGGAAAUCAUGAGAAUGACGAACUUCCUCUCCGCCAACUAGGUCAACAAUUAAGAAGAAACUUGAGUAUUAUAAUAAAUAGUUAUACUGAUUAAAGUAUAUUUAUAAGCUAUAAUAAGUUUUAUUUUCGUGAACAUCAUAAGUUACAGGUGGC